UGGUGGUGCGCUGUCCAGCAUUUCAGCAAUCGGCAGCGUUGCCCGCAGGAAGACAGGGGCCCGGGGCUGUCGGGAGGCCGCGGAGCUGCCUUGUAGAGCCGAGCCUUGGAAACAAUCUGGGACAAACUGCACUGGGAGGCCUGGCUCCAGCGCCCAAAAGACUGCAGAGGUCAGCGGGGAGGGCCGGCCACCGAGGACCGCCGUCAUGUCCUCCACCGUGAACAACGGAGCAGCGGGCAUGCCAUCCCCGCCCGACGCCGCCAACGGCUUCCCGCAGCCCGGAGCCUCGUCCGGGCCCUGGCCGCGGGCGGAGGAGGAGCUGCGCGCCGCCGAGCCUGGCCUGGUGAAGCGCGCGCACCGCGAGAUCCUGGACCACGAGCGCAAGCGGCGCGUAGAGCUCAAGUGCAUGGAGCUGCAGGAGAUGAUGGAGGAGCAGGGGUAUUCAGAGGAGGAGAUCCAGCAGAAGGUCGGGACCUUCCGGCAGAUGCUGAUGGAAAAGGAGGGAGUACUGACCAGGGAGGACCGGCCUGGGGCCCACAUCAUGGCAGAGACCCCGCGGCGGAUGGAGGGCUUGGAGCCGGGCCUGGAGUACCCACCCUUCGAUGAAGAUGAUGGACCGGUGGAUUGCGACUGCCCGGCCGCCUGCUACCGCGGGCACCGGGGGUACAGGACCAAGCACUGGUCCAGCAGCUCCGCGUCGCCCCCUCCCAAGAAGAAGAGGAAAAAGAAAGGCAGCCAUCGAAGGAGCCGCAAAAAGAGAAGACUAGAGUCAGAGUGCAGCUGUGGGAGCACUUCCCCCUUGCGCAAGAAGAAGAAAAGCAUGAAGAAACACCGCAGAGACAGGUCUGAUUCUGGGUCCCGGAGGAAGAGGCGACACAGAUCUCGAAGCCCCAAGAGCAAAAGAAAAGAAAAGAACAAAGAGAGGAAGCGGCCUCAUACUGAGUCCCCAGGCCGGAGGUCUCACCGUCGCAGCAGCGGCAGUUCCCACAGUCCUUCACUCUCCUCACACUACAGCAAUUCUGGAACACCCAGCAGACUGAGCCCCAAGCAUCGAGAUGACGGCCGGAAGAUGGGCAGCCAGCGAUCUAGCGGGAGCGGGUCUCCGUCCCCGUCGAGCGGCAGUGGAUGGGGGUCGCCCCAACAGAACGGAGGUAGCAGACAGCGGAGCGGAACGCACGGGGGCCGCCCAGGUUCGGCGCACAGCCGGCCCGAUAAGCCCAGCCCGCCCUCACCCAGGGCCCGCGACAAGCCGGUUGCGCCCCCGGGCGGGAAGGACAGCCAGAGCCCGUCGCAGGGCCGCGGAGGCCGCGCGACAGGAGGGGCGGCCAGGCGCCGGCGGCGGCGGAGGAGACGGCGACGAUCACGGUCCUUAGCCAACGGUCCCCGCCGCAGGGGUCGCCGGCGUGCCCGGCCCGCGCCGCCCCGGGGCUCCUCCCGCUCGCUCAGCGCCGCUCGCUCCAGCAGCGACUCCGCCGGCGGCGCCCCGGGUCCCGAGCCCGACCCGGGCUCCGAGCGAGGCCACGGUGGACAUGCGAAACGGUCGAAGGAUCGGCCCCCGCGCGCUCGGCCCCCCAGCCCCUCGCCGUCCCCGGGUCCAGGCAGGCGUGGUGGCCCAGAGGGGAACAGCUCGUCGCGCAGCCCAGGGCCCCAUCCCGGAUCCUGGAGCUCCAGCCGCUCGCCCUCCAAAUCCCGCUCACGCUCCCCAGACAAAAGAGCCCGCAGCCCCAGCCGCUCGCCGUCGCCCAAGAAGCCCCUUGGCCGGGACAAGGACAGCGAAGGCCGUGCAAGGCACGCUGAGGCUGAGGCCGCCCGCACCAGGCGCCGCUCCCGCAGCUACUCACCCAUCCGCAAGCGGCGCCGUGACUCACCCAGUUUCAUGGAGCCGCGGCGCAUCACCAGGUCCCUCCUGCUGCGUGGCCUAUGGCCAGCCUGGGGGCCACGUGGACCCGGCUCCACAGGCUGCGGCUUGAUGCCCAUUGCCCGAAAGCGUCCCAUCCCCUACUACCGACCCAGCCCCUCCUCUUCCUCCAGCUGCAUGAGCAGUGAUUACUCAAGCCGGAGUCACAGCCGCAGCCCCAGCCCUGACCACAGCCAUGGGAGCUACAGCAGUCGCAGUCCUGGGACCCAUAGCCGCUCUCGCAGUCCCUCCAGGAGCCCCAGUCCCAGUUACCACAGCCGGAGCAGCUCCGAGAGUGGGGGCUUCUGAACCCAGAUGAACUCAUCUGGGGGUGGAGGCCCUGGCAUAAGGAGAGACCAGGGACCUGGGACCUGGGGAGGAAGGGAUUAUACCCCCAUACUGCUACAAGGAAGUUCCGGGGUGGGGGCAGCAUGUGGGCAGGUGGGACUAGGAAAGACCUUCCAGGGCUGGUAUCCCACCCAUUAAGAGGAAUUAGAUUGUGCUGUUCCUAAAGAGUGCCCAACCCAUGUCCUGCCCACCCACCAUGUCCAGGGAACAAAGAGCCUUUGCGAACACGGGUUGAAUCCCCGUGCCCUACUUCCUGCUUGAGGCCAACUCACCAGCCUGGGGCCCAUGUAUGGCACAAGAGUCCACAAUCAGCUGUCACCUCAAUUCAGCUAAGUGGACCCUGGCACAGCUUGGAAGGUGCCAAGCCUAGGACUUUUCUUCUCUCUCUCUCUCUCUCUCUCUCUCUCUCUCUCUCUCUCUCUCUCUCUCUCUCCCUCUCUCUCUCAAUAUCUCUGUCUCUCAUGGGGUGGAUCAGAAAAUGACAACGCAAGUCAGAUCUAGGCUAGAUGGAAGGAAAGACAGCCUUGUUAUACCACCAGGCAGUAUGGGGAAUUCACAUUUGAUCUCAUCUCUCUCUCUCUCUAGCCCUUAAUCCAAGCCCUAGGCCAAAGCCACACCAGUCGGGCCUUCUGUAGGACAAGAGGUGGCAGAUAUAGGCCACAUCUGUAUCCAACACUGAAGUCAAAGAUGAGGUCAAAGGCUAGGGAUGUAGCUCAGUUGGUCAAGUGCUUGCCUAGCAUGCAUGAAACCCUGGGUUCGAUUCCCAAUACUGCAUAAAACUGGGCAUGCUAGUGCAUGCCUGUAAUCCCAGAACUCUGGAGG